AUGAACGAGAACUCCCAGCAAGCCACUGGAUCUUCAACAAAUUUCCAAGAACCCAGCACUGGUGACCCACCCCGCGAACAGAUCGCUGGACUUAUGGCCCUUCAAGCUUCAACUCAACAAAACAAUAGCUCACAAGCUAUUGCUAAUACUGAAUUCCCUUCACUUCAUGGAGCAACCUCUCAAAACCUUGACGGCUUAAUCUCUCAGACCCCUUGGCACAACCCCUCCAAAGUAGCUGCAUUAAAGAAAUCCAUGUAUCUCAACCUUCAAAAAAAUAGAGUUCAUAAGGAAGAAGCGGCUGCUCGUUUCUUCCAACUACCUUCCACGAACCAAAGAUUUCAAUAUCUUUAUAUCUCCACUAAAAUCCGUAUUCCCGCUGGUAAACUUCACUCCUACCUACACAAUAUAGGCGUCAACAAUGCGCGUGUACUGGAUAUCUAUUAUCCAGACCGCAGCAUUGCUGCUCUUCUCAUCCAUGUUGACUAUAUUGCCGAAUUCAAACAAUUACUUGAAGCUAAACGAUAUAAGGAUCUUACAGAGCAAGAACGAACUUUCAAAGCAUGUGAAAUCCAACGACAGCGCCUUCAACGUGCUGUUCUCCAUAUCCGCGAACCAGUAAAGUUUGCAGUAGCAUACUACUUUUAUCAGCAAAAGUGGUUACCCAAAUCAUUCAUUGGCCAAAUUAACAGCUCUCGCUAUGGACGAUCAGAGGAUAUCGUGGGUAACUUCUCUGAAGACACGACAAUCAAUCAAGCUAUAUUUCCUCUACUAAAGAUUGCUGAUAACUCGUCACCCCUUUUUAUUACAGAAACUUGGCUUCUACCACCAAACAAAUACCUCACCACAUGGAAACAGUUUCAUACUUACGGUCAGCCGAUUAAUUCAACUCACCAAAGAAACUGCGGCCAUCUUGGUAUCGCCCUUUUGAUAAAUCCUACUUUUAAACAGCACAUUUACCAUAUCCAACAUGAAAAUCCAACACUAGCUAAGUAUACUUUAUCUGUAGUCAUAUCUGCUAAAAUUUUGAUACGCUGUCUUUACAUCCCUCCCAAUCUGGAUGAUAAUGAUCUAUCUGAAAUUUUGGAACUAUUACCUCCUAACUAUAAUAACACAAUAGCAACUAUUAUCUGUGGAGACUUUAAUGCUAGAAUGGGCAAGUACUCAGGCGAUACGAGAAAGAAUCAUAAAAGACGACUCAUUCACAAUUGGAUUCAAUCUAACGAACUCAUUAACUGGAAUUAA